AUGGCUUCAGUUGAUGAUGUCGAUGGGGGCGAAACCUUCGAUGAAGAAGCAGAAGAGAGAGAUCAAGGUGAAAUCGAGCAGUUGCUUAGGGAGUUCGUCGACGAGCCUUCGAUUCGCCACGAUCAGAUUCCUGAGAGUGAUGACGAGCAAGAGAAAGGCUGCAAAAAGAAACCAGCAGAUGUAACUCACAUCAAGCGCGGUGAUGGAAGGUUAUACCAGAAGCAGACAUUCGUAAACGGCGUUGGUUUCAAAGAUUGUGUGCUUGACUAUGCUCUUAGAACGGGCCGCAAUAUCCAGCAGUACAGGUACGAUAAGGAUAAAUUUGGCUUUAGGUGUUUGGGUUCUAAUGAAGAAGGAACUUGUGAGUGGAAAAUCUAUGCUUCAGUUCUGCCAAGUGAUAAUGUGUGGAAAGUGAGAGUGUUUGUUGAGACUCAUUCAUGUGUGCCUAACGGACAGUGUUCAAUGCUGAGGGUUCCACAAAUAGCUAGGUUGUUUAUUGAUAAAAUCAGAGAAGAACCUGAUUAUUACAUGCCUAUGAAGAUUGAAGAACUGAUUCUAGAGAAAUGGGGGAUCACGGCAUCAAGGCCUCAGUGUCAAGCUGCUAGAACUAAGGCGCUGAAGUGGCUUGAGUUUGAGUAUGAUCACCAGUUCGCUCGUCUUCGAGAUUAUGCGGCUGAGAUACUUGAAUCAAACGCAGACUCCACUGUGGUGAUUGAGACUCUGAAAAAUGCAGAAGGAAAAGAUGAGUUCAACAGGUUCUACGUUUGCUUUGAAAACAUAAGAAGGACAUGGAAGGAGACAUGUAGACCUUUGCUUGGAAUUGAUGGAUGCUUUGUUAAACACAAGGUCAAAGGACAAGUGUUGGUGGCAUUAGGAAGAGACGCAGAUAAUGCCAUUUAUCCAGUGGCAUGGGGUGUAGUUCAAGUUGAAAAUACAGAGAAUUGGUCAUGGUUUGUGAGAAUGGUAAAGGAAGACUUAGGACUUGAGGAUGGCGAGGGGUUUGUUCUUGUGUCUGAUCGCCAAAAGGGUUUGAUAGCUGCAGUUAAGGAAGAAUUGCCUAAGGUUGAGCAUAGAAAGUGUGUGAGACACAUCUAUGAGAAUCUGAAGAAGAAACAUGGAAGUAAAAGCGACAUGAAGAGUUUUAUAUGGAGCUUAGCAUGGAGUUACAACGAAGCCGAAUAUAAGGAACGGCUGGAUAGGAUUUUCAAUUACGAUGUUGGUGUGUAUGAGGAUGUUCUGAAGACAAAACCGGAGUCAUGGUGUAGAGCAUACCACAGGUUAGGGCCAUACUGCGAAGAUGUGGAAAACAAUUCCACAGAGUCUUUCAAUAACACCAUAGGAAAGGCAAGGGAACUUCCAUUUGUCCCUAUGUUAGAGACAAUAAGAAGACUUGCCAUGGUUCGGAUUGCAAAACGAUCAGUAACCUCUCAUACUCACAAAGGGAUUUGUACACCAUAUGCGACUGAGUUUCUUGAAGCAGAGAAAAAGAAUGCUAGUGAAUGCAUAGUUAGAAGAAGCACCAAUGGAAUGUAUGAAGCAAAGUUGAGUGGAUGUACUUACCGUGUCAGCUUGGAGAGAUGGACUUGCACGUGUAUGAAGUUUGAGAUUUGUGGUAUUCCAUGCGAGCAUGCCUAUGGAGUCAUUCUCCAUAAGAAGCUUAAGGCUGAGGACUUCGUUUGUAAGUGGUUCAGAACAUCUAUGUGGAGAAGAAACUACACUGACGGCCUUAUUCCGGUGAGAGGUGCUCGGUUUUGGCCUGAAACGGGUGCGCCGGACGUCCAUAUUCCACCUGAUCCAGACCAAACGGGGAGGAAGAAGAUGACUAAGGCUGAGAAGAAAAGAAAAAAACCUGCUAAUGAGUCUCCAACCAAGAAGCAACCAAAACAUAAAAAGAGAACUAUGCACUGCGGAGUAUGCGGCCAACCUGAUCACAACUUAAGCCAACUGGAGCUGGUCCUUCUAAUGUUGCUUCUCCAGCUGCAUCUCAAGCUCCCUCUCCAGCUCCUUCUCGAGCUCCCUCUCCAGCUACUUCUCAAGAUAUGUGUUGAUGGUGGUGUCAACUUUUGUGGCUUUUAG